AUGACUACCAUCAUCGUCGCAGGAGGUACUCGUGGGAUAGGCCGAGCUAUUGCUGAGGCCAUCAAUCGCAAGGGUGGCUACCGCGUCAAGAUACUCAGCAGAUCUGUGAAUCCAACCCUUCAAGACGAGAUGGGAAUCGAGAUCAUUCCAGUUGACUACAGCAGCGUCUCAGCGUUGACAAAGGUCUUCGACGACAACGAAGUCGACACAGUAAUCUCGACCCUGUUCGUGACUUCAGAUGGCUCUCCUCAGGUGAACAUGAUACGUGCCGCCGAAGCCUGCGUCCAUACGAGGAGGUUCAUUCCAAGCGUCUGGGGAAUCCCCUACUCGAGAGAUCAAGUAACCGAGAGGCAAAUGACUAUCGGUCAAUCAAAGCUCGAUGCAGUGGAAGCGCUCGAAAACUCAUCUCUUGAGUACACCUUGUAUUACGUCGGCUACUUUCUAGACUUUUGGGGAUACCCACGAGUGAAAACAUACCAGAUCCAAAACGUCAUUGUCGUCGACAUUGAGCACAACAGAGCCGCCAUACCUGGCAAAGGUGAUACCCCUGUUACCUUCACGCAUACCUUAGACGUUGCGGAAUUUGUGGUAGCAAGCUUGGAGCUCCCCAAGUGGGAAAAGGAGAGUUAUGUUAUCGGCGAAAAUUUGACGUGGAACGAGUUUCUCAGAAUUGCGGAAGAGGUCAAAGGCGUCAACUUUGAGGUUACCCAUGACGAUAUCGACUUUCUGAAAACUGGCAAGAUCACCGAAUUGCCUUCUCACCCGUCUCUGUACAGUGUCAUGCCAAAAAUUCAACUUCAGGCUCUUUUCGCCACCUUUGGCAUUUGGUUUGAAGAAGGACUGUAUCAUCUCAAGCCCAAGACAACUCUCAAUCAUUUGUUUCCAGGUAUCAAGGCGCGAACCGUAAAAGAAGUCAUCCACGCUGGGUGGGGUCAGAAGAACUGA